AUGCGAGACUUGCUUCGCUUUUCUAAUGCUGCAAGUGAGAUGUCUAUGUUUGGUGGUAAGACCGUAGUUCUCGGUGGUGAUUUCAGUUUUACAGUUCUUAGGUUGACAAAAAAUCUAUGUUUGAAAAGCGUGGAGAAUGUCGUAGAAAAACAACAAGUUGAACGAUUUGCAAACUGGAUAGCUACUAUUGGGCAUGGUACAACAAGUGCAUCGACAGAAGAUUGUCCAGAGGUUGACAUUCCAGACGAGAUGCUAUUGUUAUCAAAUGGUGAUCCGAUUGCAACAAUCAUUGAAAGUACAUUUCCUAUGUUUCAGAAUGGUUCGUGUGAUAAUAGUUUUCUUGAAAGUAGGGCAAUCCUUGCUCCAACACUGGAUGUGGUGAAUGCAGUUAAUGAUUACAUGAGUAGCAUGCACGAAGCUGAGAGUAGAACAUAUCUUAGUUGUGAUUCUAUCUGUCAAACUGAUAAUGAUAAUGGAGUCCUUGCAGACGUUCACACACCCGAGUUCCUUAAUGGUCUUAAGGCAUCAUGUAUUACAAACCAUUUGGUUGGUUCACCUGUUAUGCUGUUAAGAAACAUUGAUCACUCGCUCAGCUUAUGUAAUGGGACUAGAUUGGUAGUCACCAGACUUUUAGAACAUGUAAUAGAGGCUAAGAUAAUGACAGACAGUCAUUUGGGUACAAGGGUUUUGGUUCCUAGGAUGAGUAUGACGCCUCCAAGGUUACCAUUUAAGUUUACUAGAAGACAAUCUCCUUUAAUGCUAUCAUAUGCUAUGACCAUUAACAAGAGUCAAGGUCAAAACAUUAUCUCAUGUCGGGUAGUUAUUAAAGCAACUGGUGUUUCGUGUUUGUGGUCGCCUUUUCUGGGAGAAGGCGACGGAAAUGUUGCCUUCUCCCUUCUACGGCGGGAAGGCAAACCGUCGCCGGUCGCCGGAAUAUGUCGCCGGAAUUGA